ACUGAUUUGACAUUCGACUGAAGUCUGCUCAUUCAGAUUGCUUUCGACCCAAUGAAAAAUUCGUCGUUUUAACCUGGACCAAAUUAAGAGAAGCGUCCAAACGAUAAUAACGUCAAUUAAAAAUUUGAUAAACACGAUGAGAACAGAGAAUAAAAUUGAUACGACGGACGGUGUAUAAAGGUUUUGAGAUGCAGAGGAAGGAACGGUGACGGGACAGACACGUAUACACGCGCGAUCAAUCCGUUUGGGAGAGUGGAGCGCCCGCAGGCCUUUCAAGCUUCGUUACGAGCGAGUCACCCUUGAACCUCGUUAUAUGCAGUCAACUUUUCAACACCUCCAGCGUCGGGGCGCACGCGCCGGACAGAUGCGCGUCCUCGUCGACGUCGACGCGCCCGAGACACGAAUACGUCGACAACGCUUAUCUACGUUCCACGAUCCUAUCAACAUUUUUCCGUCGAAGCGGCAGUAAUUGAAAAACGAUGAGUUCGUCCCGUCGAGCGAUGGCCGAUCGGUUCACGGACUGUCCGGGCCCGUGCAACCCGCGGAACAAAGUGUGCCGUCGAACCUGCGUUCAGAACGUGUUAUCCAUAUUAGAAGAACUGCCACCGUGCAUCCGGCAAAGGCUGUGCCAAGAAGACUUGCUCUCGGUCUUCCUAAAGGACACCGACGGCGAGGACGGAAAUCUUCAACAGGAACUGGACGGUACGGACACGCAACGAGGGAGGAAGGAGCUGCCGGCCGGGAGUCAACGAUUAGAUGACUGUUCGCUUACGCCGGGUGGCAGACCGACACAGGGAGUGGGAGUAACGCAGACGAUGGAGGAGAAACAGGUUCAAACGACCGUCGACGAGUCAGCCCUUUGCGAAUUGUCGUCAGGAUUUUCGACGGUACAAAUGGGACCCACCACGGUCACCACUGGAUUUCGUCAACGGACGGAACGGGCGUCGAUCGUCAUUCGUAGCAUCGCGACGCGCGGCGCGCAUAUGCUGGAGGGGAGAAUGCCACAAUGUUGCUGCAGAGUGGUCAACACCGGAAUCUAUAUCGGGAUACUGUUUUUCCUGGCUCUCUUCGCGAGGAACAGUCCGACCUAUCAGAUAUUUCUGUCUAGUCAAAUCUGUGGAAUCCUCGCGAUCAUAAGCUGGAGAAUCUCCGGCGUCGUUCCAUUGUAAAAUAAAUUUGACGAGGAACGUGAACAUCGAAGGGAGUCGUGCGAUUUUUAACCCGUUCAAUAGCGAAUAUGUAAAAUCUUGAUUCGCUUCGAAUUAAGUUUUUCUCGAUCCAGCAUCACUUGGGAAUAAAGCUUUUUUCCUCCGAUUCGAAAUAAUAGUAUUGCCUCCUGGCACGGAACGAAGAUAAACACAGCGUUCGCGACGCACUAAAAGUUACAAAGAGAACAACAACGAGAUAAUUAUACGGCCACCGACAGCGCGACGAGCAGCAACGAUCGGGGUCUUAACAACGAUCACGUUGAAAGCCGCACGAAUGCAACAAAUCGUGAGCGCUCAUUGAAUGACGGCCGAUCGGUUCCCCGAGACCGCAAACGCAGCGAUCGCAUCAAACUCGCCGACCGCAAAUAUCGAUUCACGGAUGAACGAGCCUCCGUCAGGCAACAAACGUCGCGUAGGAUGCAUCCUUUCGUAAAACGGAAUCUCGUUAAGCAUCCUCUAUCGACAACCGCGGCACGGAAUUCCCUGUGGAAAUCGUUCUUCAAACAUUCUUCGAUCAAUUCCUUCAAAUUAUCGUUAAUAGACUAAUAAUUCAAUGUACUUUUCUGCCACCAUUUACUGACCGCUUAUGUAAAAAUGGAUGCUGCGAUAUGGAACAGAAAAUCUAAAAAUAUUCUUAUACGAUAAAUGUCUGCUGGUCCCCUGUUUUCGAUACAAAUUUCUAGCGCACACCGAUCGUGACGCGAUAAAUCAUCGGGAAAAUUGGACGUCGAGGGUGGUUACUCUCGCGUCGGGAACAGAGGGCGGAGUGGCAGAAAUACAUUAAACCCGCUAUUAAGUAUCGAUAGUAAGUCAAUCGAGUUGAUCCCCUUUCUAUUUCGCUCCCCCUCUGCCUCCAUCCGUAAGUAAGCUCUCGCGCGGACACGAUCACCCUUAUCUUUAUAGCGAAUCACGAGACCUCGAUUUGUCUGUAACCGUCCCCACACUGAAAUGUUCGUCUCGCGUGCGAAUUCCCUAACGAUACAAUUGUACAUUCGUUGAUGUUUUCAUUUCAUUCUACAUGACAUCUCUUAUUCUAGAUUAAAACGUAUUUCGAAAGAAAAUCAGAUGCAGUAGAAACUUGCUUACAUGGUUUCAAUUUACUGUCUAAUAAAAGAUUCAACACUGUCACCCUAUGUAUUAAUUAAAAUGUCGUACAUGCAACAAGUCUAACAAACUAAAUGUUUUGUCAGGAAAUACUAUUCGUGCAUAUGUAUAUGAAAUGCCAGAAGUAGAAUGCGUAAAAAAGAUUUUUAUUCGAAUUUCGCUUAAA